AUGGUUUUAGUCAAUAUUUCCGCACAACAACAAUUACCCAAUAGCACAACGAGUUCAAUAUGUAAUUUCACUGCAUGUAACACUCAACGGACACCAUGUUCAUCCAAUCGUGAUUGCGAAUGUUUUUCGUUGACGAUAAGUCCAACUGUAGGAAUUUGUAGUAUAGCUCUGUUGUCGUGUACCAAUGUUGUUCGAUGCAAUGCGGAUAAUCGAACAUGUCCUAUUGAAAAUACAGUUUGCGUCAACAGUACACGUUGUGGUCAACCAGUCUGUUAUCCACUAGCUUUGGCAAAUAAACUCGUUUGUCCAAGAAAUACAACAGCUACGACAACGACAACAAAACGAAUCACAACGACAACAAAACGAACUACAACGACGACACGGGCACGAGGCCUUACAAAUACAACACGAUCUACAACAAGGGCAUGGUCAAAUACUGGUAGUAUGAAUACCAAACGAAUGUGGCACACAGCAUCCUUAUUAACAAAUGGAAAAGUGUUAGUUACUGGUGGAUAUAGUGGCGGUUAUUUGAAUAGUGCCGAGUUGUAUAAUCCAUCAACAGGAACUUGGACAGUUACUGGUAGCAUGAAUACAGCACGAUCGCAGCAUACAGCAUCUGUAUUAACAAAUGGAAAAGUCUUAGUUAGUGGUGGUUAUUAUAGUUUUGGUUCUGAUUGUUUAAAUAGUUCCGAGCUGUAUGAUCCAUCAACAGGAGCUUGGACAACAACCGGUAGCAUGAAUUAUGCUCGAUAUUUACACACGGCGUCCGUAUUAACAAAUGGACAAGUCUUAGUUACUGGUGGAUUUUAUCAGGGUGUUCUAGGUAGUGCCGAGUUGUAUGAUCCAUCAACAGGUAUGUGGAUAAUCACUGGUUAUAUGAAUUAUGCUCGAUAUGUACACACAGCAUCUGUAUUAAUAAAUGGAAUAGUCUUAGUUAGUGGUGGUUCUGAUGUUAGUGGUUCUACCAUAAAUAGCGCCGAGUUGUAUGAUUCGUCAAAAGGAGCUUGGACAGCAACUGGUAGCAUGAAUACAGCACGAACACAGCACACAGCAUCCGUAUUAACAAAUGGAAAAGUCUUAACUACUGGUGGUAAUGGUUAUGAUGGUAGUACCUUAAAUAGUGCCGAGUUGUAUAACCCAUCCACGGGUGCUUGGGAAACCACUGGUAGUAUGAAUGCCACUCGAUUUUAUCACACAUUAUCCGUAUUAACAAAUGAAAUGGUCUUAGUUAGCGGUGGUGAAUAUACUCAUUAUGGUUUUUUCGAUAGUGCCGAGUUGUACAAUCCAUCAACAGGAGCUUGGACAGCUAUUGCUCACAUAAAUACGGCACGAGCUGCUCAUACAGCCUCCGUAUUAACAAAUGGAAAAGUGCUGGUUACUGGUGGUUUUAUUAAUGAAUCACCAGGUUUAUGGAUAAAAUUUAACUGCUCCUCAAAUAUUUUGGAUGUUGGUUUAGAAUGGUCCAGUAACACCCUCAAUGAAUAUCCAUUGGCAUAUACAUUCUUCAAUUUAAAACAAAACAAUGUUCAACUCCAUUGGAUCUUAGAUAGAAAAAAAAUUGAAGAACAACUUAACAAUCCGUAUUUAUUAUUAAAUGAACUAUUUGGGUUAUCAUAUAUUAUUAAUUAUCUUCUCUCAUGUAUCAAUAGUGGUCGGCUUCGUAUGUAUUUUAUAAUUGGUAUUUUUUUAAACAAAGAUAUUUUUUUAGAAAGCUGUCCAAAUAUACGAAAAUAUAGUAUUGAUUUAUUAGAUCUUGUUCGAGAAGGAAAAUUAAAUAAUGCUGAUACAACUAGUCGUAAAGAACAUGGUAAACUUCACUAUAUUAUUGGCACAAGAACAUUGAGUGAGUACAGAAAAUAUACUGGAACAAAUCUGAUAUUUGAAAAAAAAUUUCAAUAUGUACAAGUUAAAGAACCAUCUGUUAAUGAAUGCAUUUCAAUUUUACGUGGUGUUAAACGGUAUAUUGAAUCAGAUUUUGAUGUUGUGAUAAUUGAUUCAACUUUAGUUACUGCUGCUGAAUUAACUAACCGCUACACAAGAAAACCAUAUUCACCAGAGAGAACAAUUGAUAAAUAUUUUUCGAAUUUAUAA